AACUGUAGCCAAGAAUUUUCUUCUCUGGCAAAUGCUGUGACUAUUUGACACUUAGCCUAGGGCUGCCCACUGCUUCUUUUACUCUCAUUAUUCAACCACGCUAGCUUUCUUCUUACUUCUUAUCAAAUAACACAAACCCUAGACAAAGCCAUCUUCAUAUCUCUUCUUCUCCUUCUUUGAGAAUGAACCUAGAAGAGAAGGCGACCAUGGACUUGGUUCCACCAUCUGAGCAUCUCUGCUAUGUCCGCUGCAACUUCUGCAACACUGUUCUUGCGGUUGGGAUUCCAUGUAAGCGGUUGUUGGAUACUGUGACAGUGAAAUGUGGGCACUGCAGUAACCUAUCCUUUCUCAGCACCAGACCUCCUCUCCAAGGUCAAUGCCUUGAUCACCAAUUGAUUCUUCAGAAGAAACAGGAUUUCUUCAGCGAUUUGAGAAAGGGCCAGUCUUCAUCAUCAUCCUCAUGCACAUCAGGCGAGCCAUUGUCACCAAAAGCACCCUUUGUGGUGAAACCACCUGAGAAGAAACACAGACUUCCAUCUGCUUACAACCGAUUUAUGAAGGAGGAGAUACAGCGCAUCAAAGCAGCAAAUCCUGAGAUACCACACAGGGAAGCAUUCAGCACAGCAGCAAAAAAUUGGGCUAGGUACAUUCCAAACUCAGCACCUGGAUCAGUUUCUGGGAGAAGCAACAGUGAUUAAUGAAGUGAUGCAUAUGUGAAAGGCAGGGCAUAUGCAUGCAAUGGGUGGAGAGAGAUGGGAACUAGAAGGGCAGUUGAUGAGCAUAUAUGCAUAUGUAAAUUGGCCAAUUAACUAGCUUGAGCUUCUAUGUCUCCAACUUAAUUUCUUAAUUGUUGUGUUUGUCAUUUGGUGUCAUGUUUGAUGGUAAUGUGUUUCUCUUAUUGAAAUCUAAGCAGAUUAAUACAUUGUAUUCACCAUAUUUGGUUGCCUAAUAUAUCCCUAAACUGGCUGCCACACCAAGUGCUACUCGAUGCUGCAAGACUAUUUUGUUUUUUCAUC